CAAGAUGAAGCAACUACAUCAACAACUAUCGAAAACCCAAUGAGUCAUAUACCCAAGCAAGAUGUUACUGUUUUUGGUGUGUCUACUGAUUUGACUGAUCUUAAUUUACCAACCCAUCUGGAUAUCUUGAGAUAUUAUUUUUACUUAAGCGAACGCGCUAAAACAGAACAAAAAAAGUUUUCCCAUAAAUCAUUCACUAUUCAAGUACAAGAUAGGUUGAUUGGAAGUUGGGAAAAACUUGGUAUGGAAAUAAUGCUGAAAAAAAGUGUAUGUAAUAAAUUGAAUAAAUUGCUUGACAAGUAUCAAGAGCAAAUCAAGAGAAGAAACAACACCCAACAAUUUACAGAGUAUGUAAAAUCUCUGGAAACAAUUUUUUACAUUGGAACAUGAAAAUUCGAUUUGAAGGCAGCUCCAUGUGCAUGCGGCUGGGGUCCCGAACGCCUCAAAGAGUUCAUGCACGAUCAACAUAAUCAGAGAAGACUAACAAUGAAUGCAUUGAUGAUGGAAACUGAAGAGCAAGGAGCAACGUCUAUGUCAUCAAUGCCAACAUACCAAGAUCCCGAUGAUUCAACAUACGCACCGCCACCGGUUCAAGAAGAUAUGGAUAGAAGCACAAGUUCACAAUACACAGAGAGAUACGAUUGUUUUAACUUUGCCUUGGUAUGUGACAGAUUUGGUGUGCCUGACAGAGUAGCAUCAGCAUUGGGAACCGCUCUUUUGCAAGAUUUUAAAAUUAAAGAUAAGCAUGGGAAACCUUUCAUCAUGGAUAAAUCGAAAGUUCGCAGAGAAAAAGAGAAAUGCAAACAAGAAGUGCUUCGCAAAGAAGAUGAUACCAAUAUGUUAGCGUUUUCAUUCGAUGGCAGAAAAGAUGAUACUAGGAUGGUAAAAGAACCUCAUUUUGUCAUUUUUAGAGAACCCAAUUCUGAAUUGAUUGGUUACGUAAGACUGGAACAUGAAACCGCUGAAUACAAAACAACCAAAUUAAAUGUUUUUUUCAACGAUAAAAAUAUAUCACUGGAUACAUUAAUUGGAAUAUGCACUUACGAUGAGCCAACAAACACUGGCCCACACGGUGGAAUUAUACGACGAUUCGAAUUGCUGUUAAAAAGACCAUUGCAUUGGUUUGUUUGCCUUCUACACUUCAACGAACUUCCAUUUCGGCAUUUGUUUGAAGCUUUGGAUAAAUCAACCAGCACUGGACCAAGAUCGGCAACCGGAAAACUGAGCCGUCAAAUCGAAACUUGUGAAACUCUUCCGGUGGUGGACGGCUUCCAGAAAAUUGAGUUGCAAAAUAUGCCCCCUGCUCCAGAAAAAAAGAAUUUUCCACCGAUUCGAAGUACUUAUACGACAUGGCCCAUGCAAUUUCUAGCGGCGUGGUUCCGGAAAAUUGUACAUUCUCGGUGGCUCACCAAGGUCGCUAGAUUAUUGCGAUUAUAUGUGACAACGGAAAAUCCAGAUGCAAAUUUAAGAAUUCUGGUUGAAUUUAUAAUUAAAUGUUAUGUGCUAAUGUACUUCAAUAUCAAGUAUUACAGCUCUGUCGUGUACGGCAGUGCAUUAUUUUUCAAGUUCAUUGGUUGGUCACGAUUUCUAGAACCUCGCUUACGCAAAAUUGUCAAUCAAGUAAUUAAUGAUAAUUCAUAUUAUGCGCAUUCGGAAAAUAUCUUGUUAUCAAUGUUGUUUGAUGAUAGGAAAGAAAAGCGCGACUGUGCCAUCAAGAAAAUUCUACGCUAUCGAACCGACUUAGAGUUUGUAAAAAACCAGAUAUAAACUUUAAUUGCACAAGUUAUACGGAAAUGAUCAAUUUGAAUGAUAUAAAUAUCGUAUUUGUACCACCAUUCACGCGAAGCAUUCCGUACGAUACAUUGAAAGAAUAUUUAAAUCAAGAUGAUCCACCGUUUAAUGAUCCAAAAAUUCCAUCACACAUACAAGGAAGGGAAAGACAUGUUCAGUUGCUAGCUAGCGUUUCCAAACGGGUUAUACCGGAAAAUGUAGAGGCUGUUAUGGCGACGACAUUAGAGAGCCGUGCGAAAUUGCCCAGACUUGAAAGUAAAAAAGACUUCAAACAAUAUUUUUUUUUUAGUUUCCUUUCUAUAACUCACUUGAAUUAUUUUUUUCAUUUACAUAUGUUC